AAUACCUCACUGGAAGCCAGCGACCGGCACAAAGUGUCGGUCAGCUGACAUUGACACAGACGUGACUACAGAUCCAGAGCGAAAAGCACAAUGGAUCCACUCUCAAUUUUUGCGCUAAUUUUUAGUUGUAUUCCCGUUUUAUUAUUGGUAUUUGUCUGUGGGUUUGUUUUAUAUCUAGAGAAGAAACUUGGACUGAUCUAUCAACGAAUACACAAGGCUGACCCCACCUCCAAACGGCAUGGGGGCGAGUUGGUAGCUGAGACAUUGAAGGCCCAUGGUGUUCCCUUCAUGUUCACAUUGUGUGGAGGCCAUAUCUCACCUGUCAAUGUGGCAGCAGAUAAGCUUGGCAUACGCAUCAUAGAUACCAGGCAUGAGGCCUCGGCUGUUUUUGCAGCAGAUGCAGUCGCCCGCCUCUCUGGCAAAAUUGGGGUUGCCAUAGUGACGGCCGGUCCUGGAUUGACCAACACCAUCACAGCUGUCAAGAAUGCCCAGAUGGCAGAGUCACCGGUGCUUUUGAUGGGCGGUGCAGCAGCAACAAUGCUCAAAGGUCGCGGGGCACUGCAGGAUAUAGACCAGAUGUCUCUUUUCAAGCCACUCUGUAAGUUCUGUGCUAGUAUAUGUUGCGUGCGGGACAUUGUGCCUACACUACGUAAGGCCAUUGCUGAGGCCCAGUCUGACACACCAGGCCCAGUGUUUGUAGAACUCCCAAUUGAUGUCCUGUAUAGUUACGACCUCGUCAAGAAAGAGCUGGGUACCAGCGGCAGUAAAGCUGGCAUCCUAGCCAGCAUUGUCUCAUUUUUUCCCCUGAAUCAUGUAGACAGGUCAUCUUUAUUAACGUUGUCAUCUUUGUGAUUUGCUGUGAUUGCUCUUUCAGUUCAAAAAGCUGUGGAGCUAGUAAGCAUGGCAAAGAAACCUGUCAUUGUCCUGGGUAGCCAAGUCACUCUCCCUCCAACACCAGUAGAAGAUGUCCGCAAAGCUCUGGAGGCAAUGGGUAUCCCUUGUUUCUUGGGAGGAAUGGCCAGAGGCAUGCUGGGUAAAAACAGCCCCUAUCACAUCCGACAGCGCAGACGGGAUGCACUAAGGGAUGCCGAUGUCGUUAUACUAGCAGGCACUGUUUGCGACUUCCGGCUGUCUUAUGGACGCCAUCUCAGUCGUCGGUCCAAAAUCAUUGCUGUCAACCGCAACAAGUCUCAACUUCUGAAGAACUCUGACAUGAUCUGGACCCCAACCCUGGCAAUCCAGGGUGACCCUGGCACCUUCCUAGCCUCCUUACAGAAGGCUCUAGGGGCAUACAAGUGUGACCCAGAAUGGCCCCGUGUCUUGAAACUACGUGAUGAGGAGAAAGAACAGGCCAAUACUGGCAAAUCCAAUGCUCCAGUCAACCACUUCCUGAAUCCAUUGAAGGUGCUUCAUAUCAUGGAGGACUGUCUAGAUGACAACAGCAUAUUGGUGGCUGAUGGCGGGGACUUUGUGGGCAGUGCUGCCUAUAUCCUGAGACCUCGUGGCCCUCUGACAUGGCUGGAUCCUGGAGCCUUUGGCACUCUUGGAGUUGGGGGAGGCUUUGCCCUUGGAGCCAAGCUGUGCCGUCCAGAGUCAGAGGUUUGGAUUGUGUACGGUGAUGGCACUCUGGGGUAUACAGUGGCUGAGUUUGACACCUUUGAGAGGCAUGGGGCACCAGUGAUAGCCGUUGUUGGCAACGAUGCUUCCUGGAUGCAGAUUGAGCGUGGACAGAUUCCUAUCUUUGGUUCGUCCGUUGGAUGCCAGUUGGCGUUCCGUGACUAUGAGAAGGUGGCUGAGGGCUACGGAGGCAAGGGAUUCCGUCUGAGCGAGGAGAGCCCAGAGCAAAUCCAGGAAGUUUUUCAGGAAGCCAAGAAGCUAUGCAAGGAAGGCAAGCCGGUCCUUAUCAACUGUCUAAUAGGCAAGACCGACUUCCGUGAUGGCUCCAUCUCUGUCUAGACUCUAGGUAUUUAUGAUGUCAAGCAUUUCAAAGGAAGAAUAUUAACUUGCUCUUGAAAGUUUCAGUUAGGGUUUUUCCCCACAAAAACAAGUGUAUUAGCCGGAUAUGCAAGCACUUUGUCCCGAUACGCACAAAAAAUGGCCCAUCAUAAUUUCCCCUCCCUGACAUGUUUAAAAGUCAACCUCCCUGCUUAAUAGGAAGUGACCCCUAGGGUAUGGUGAGUGGGUCAUCAUGUUGUUUAUUAAAAUUUAGGGCCAAAGUAUUUUAGAGAAUGAAGUUUUGUUUCUUUCAGGGAAUAUUGAUGCCAUCACAUGCAGCAAGUAAAAUGAAUCCCUUCCAAGUCGUUGUAUGAAAACGCCUUUCUUAAUCAUCCCAGAAACAAGUUCAAAUACACCAGAGAGCACCUUGUUCAACUUACCAAAUGUGGCAAUCCAGUGCCGUAGCUUCAUAAGUCCUUGAAAACAAAUUAAAAUCCCCUUAAUUUGAUGUACAUGUAAAAACUCAAAGGAGAGUUCAGAGUUGUAUUAAGAAUGCAGUUGCCAUGUAAUAUUUCCAGAGUGGUUAGCUAUUGAUUCAGCUGUCCUCUUCCUGACGGUAGAGAUGAAUUUCAGUAUUUUCCAGAGUCAUAACUCUUUAUACAAUGUACACGUAAAGCCAAUGAUUUGUAGUGAGAUCCUUGUUGGCACUGUAGUCGGUAAGAACUCAUAUUGUCAUGCAUAGCUCUGUGUAAUCCAGAUCCUCCAAUAUCCAACAUGUGAUAAGGGCUCUACUGUCACAGAGCUUGUGAGCUUAAAAAUUGGCUUAGCACAUACAUGCACAUGCAUUUUUCUUGGCACAGGCAGGUUACCAGUGAAACGUUUGGUAAUGCAUUAUGUUUCUGACUGGUUACCAGCAUUUUUUUUUGGUUUUUAACAUUUAUUUGUUGCUCAGCAGCGCUGUGACUUUCUGCUAUAAACUUUGAUUAGCUGAGAUUGAAUCAGGGCUGUCAGUUUCACCCCACUCUCACUUGACAUGAAUUUACAAAAUGCCAGGUAUCGCAGGAAUCAGGAUGAUUUCAAGAUGAACAUGUCCAGAGAAAUAGAAUUAGAGGCUGAUCUGAACAAAGCCCUGAAAAAGAUUGAUGUAAGCUUCAGUGAAUUCAAAUUUUUUGCACACAUAUACAUGUGACCUUUAAUGAUUAUCAGCGCCAAUGAUCUGUAAUGCUCCUAUUUCAUUGUACAUGUAAUCUUUCUGGCUCCCCAGAGAGCUAGGGUUAACACCCCCCCAUAAAAAAAGAUGGACUUGUCACUGAUUUAAACUUGUCAGUUGUUGUCAUCAUUUGCUUUAUUACGGUCUAAUAGUGGAAUUUAUCAGUGUAAUGGUCCAGGUAUUUUUAAAGUGCUCACAUGGGGUCAGCUUCAUUUGGCAAAUGUCUUCUAAUUAUAUUUUAUGUAAUAUUCAUAAUGUAGUCAUUUAUAAAUAUCUUAGACAGUUUCCCUAUUCAACAGUGCAAAAUAUGAGCGUGUAUUAACAAUUGAUACUGCCCACUGAGAUUUGAUAAUGCCUGCUCUGUGAGACUUUGCUGGCACCUGGAUACGAGACAGUGUAACCCAUCCUUAUUGGUCAAGAGUCUGCGUGUGAUGCAGCACAGAGAACCUGCUUCGUGCGCACCAAGUCCAUAUAAGGAGAUUCUUCUGGACUACUUGCACAAGAAAUAUACCAUAAAAUUGAUGGGGGUGUUCAGGAAAAUGAAAGUAAAAUUCGUGAACAAAUUCCUUGUAUAUUGAUCGUAUAUUGACUUCUUUUGAUUCUCCGACUAAAUCAGUAUUUAUGAAUAGGAAUAAAUAUGUGCUUUGACAGUCUUUAAUUAAUGUUUAAGACCGGCUCAGGAGACUGAAUGAUGAUAAUGCCCAAGCUGCACGUUCUUUCUCCUGAACCAGUCUUAAAUGCACAUUGAAGAGCGGUCGAGCGCACCUGCAGUGUCUAAUCCAGUCUUGUCACAUCAGCUCAGCGCACCAAUGCAUCAACAGUAGCAUGAUAAGAGGAGUCCUUCAAACCAUUUUGAAAAAAUUUUCCUCCCACAAAAUAUAAAGAGGAAUGGAUGUCUGCACAAGAAAUGAUUAGAUUGGAAGUCAGAGUGUGAAAAGUACUUUUUAAUUACUUUCUGUUACUUUUUCUUAGGUGAGUGGAGAGGGCCACUUUACAAACAAUUUAGUCUUAAUUGCUGAGCGUCAUUAUGUGGCAAGUGUCUGUAAGAGAGUUAAGUGGGUUGGUUGCAAUAAUAACUUGACAGUGUACUCCUAUUGUUGUCAUUUUGAAAAAAAGACUAGAGUUCCGUUCAUUGUGACUUAUUUUCCCCCAAAGGAAACUUGGCAUCUACAUGUAUAAAGAGCUCCAGCUAUUACCGAUGCUGCAUAGACACGGGCUAUUGCAGUUUUUGUUGUAACAGUCAAUUAAAGUAACUACAGUCGAACACAGAUAAAAGCAGCACUGUUAAUACAAGGUCAUAUUUAUAACAAGAACAAUUUCAGGUCCCAAUUCUUCUUGUUUUUUUCCAUUAUUGAUAAUAUAAGGUAACUAUUAUAACAAGGUAACUUGUGACGUCCCUGGGACCGUCUUAUAACAGUGUUCCACUGUACUGCUUUUUGCCUUGGAGAGAAAAUACUAUCAUUCACUCAGGCAUGACUAGAUGCAUAAAAAAUUCUAGGCUUGUUGGAUUUCUCUCCUUACACUUACAGUAUUACAAUGUCUUAUUAUUUUUUAUAGUUUUUACUGAAGUUGACGGACUAACAGAUAUGGAGUGAAAAGCAAGUAGCUUCAGCACUGGCACUUACCAGGUUAUCACACGUAUCAGGAAUCUGAAUAGUACCAAUGGGCAGGCCAUCCAUUUAGAAACAUCACAGCUUGUGUUGGCAAUAGAAGUAUUAAACAGCUAAACGAAUUCCACAUGUUCUGCUCUGAAGUUUGAGUGCAAAGUUUUUCCAGAUUUGGUGAUGGUUAGGUAACAGUUGUGGGAUAUUUAUUAUUCCUGUGAGAUUCAUUGAGAUCGCAGUAUUAAAUGUCUGUGGUCCUCCUCAUACAUAGCUUUGUUUCUGUUGAUUAGCUUGUAGGGGAUCAUAACCGAAGUGUUGCCCAUGUCAAAUCUUGGCUCCGGUUGGAGUUUUUGUUUUUACGCAGUUUUGUCAAGCAAAUGGAUGAUUUCGUGCCCCAGUAUUUCCUGUUUAUUUUUAAAAUUGUCAUGGAUUGACUCGCUCACUGUCAGGUAACGGGAUCAGAAUAGUUUACGAAUAGUCCAAGCCUUUGAUAGGACUUGAAGUCUCGUCUUGCCAACUACAUGUAAGCGUGGAUGGGAGAGCACAAUUGGGGCGUGCAAAUGGUUUGAAACAUAAUGAGGGAAGUGUGAUUUUCUGGUCUUUUUCAUUUCUCUUCCGUUUAAACCUGUGUACAAAGCACCAAACUGUGGGAUCAACCCUCAGAAAGGCCAUAAAAGGUUCCAUUUAAAAAUCCGAAAGGUUUGCCACGGCCAACGAUUUAAGCCUCCCGAAAAUUUGAUUCUUGAUCCGCUCUUGACCGUUAUGUGUACUGACAUCGCAUGUAAAAGGAGGUAUUUUUUGUGUGGGACAGCUCUGCUCGGACGGAACAUAUAGCAAGCUUUUUUUGUCACAAAAUGUCUGAUUACGACUUCUUAGGAUGCUACAAUCGUGUCCCGGAAUUUUAAUUAAUUUUAAUUAAGUGAAGUACCGGUACAUUAAGUUUUACUCGCAUUGCAAUGCAACUUAAGAUUUUUAACAAUUCCAAAUUUUAAUGGUUUGAAAUUCACUUACAUUUGCUUAAAUCAACGCGUUUGUAGAAGCCAUGUUUCCCGUGGCUGUUUGCACUCUUAGUUGAGUGGCCUUGGGGAUGGUCAUGUAGUGGUUUAUAUGAUAUUAAAAAUUUCUGAAAGAAAAACAA